CUCUUCACAGCGCCGCUCUUGAGACUAGGGUUUAUUCACUGUCAUAAAACUCUUCCAAUCCAUGGCUAUAUCUCAGGUUGGCAGGUCAAGUUUUUGUUAGUUGUAUUCUGGGUUCUUAUGGCAAUGGGAGCUGGUACCAGCGGUGGUGGAGGGGGCAAGGGCAGGGGCAGUAAAGGGUGCAGGGGACGGGGAACCAGUAGUGGGGGUCGCGGGGCUGGUGGGAGGGGAAAUGAUAGUGCAGAAGGAAGGGAUCGUGGGGCUGGUAAUGAGGGAUCUGAUAAUGAUGAGGAGAAUUCGGGGGAUAAUGGUAGUGAAGGACAGGAGAGCCGUAUCGUAGUACGAAAUACAUAUGGGAGAGCCAAGCGUAGCUGCUCUGUUGGUGAUUAUGGUAAGGUACCAGCCACGGAGGCAGAAAAGCAGACCGUCCAUUUCCUGAAUGGCGCAAAUAUUAGAGAUAAAAGGAAGAAAAAGACUUUAAGUUAUAUUAUGAAAGUGAAAUGGAAUGAAGAUACACAUGAAAAAAAAGGAAAGGAACGUGAAGGCUUCUUUGACUCAUGCCUCAAAGAAUUCAAGGACUAUUAUGUCUAUGAAAAGGGACUGAAGCCAGGAGAGGGGGAUAGAGCUGCUAAAGAGUUCAUGAGCAAGAAAUGGAAGAGUAUCCCUUAUGAGGAAAAGAGUCGGGCUGAUUUAUCAGCUGAAAAUGCAAGGAAAGGGGGACUGAAAUCAGCUACUCGGCGUGAUUUCAAGCCUCAUUACUUCAACAAACGCACCUGGGAUAAACUGUGUAAUUAUUGGGAGAGCGAAGAGUUUCUUAUUAAGUCAAAAAAUGGAAAAGAAGCCCGAAAGAAGGUGGAACACAUCCAUCACAGCGGGGCCAAGUCUUUUGACGAGAGACGUCAGGAGCUCGAAGAAAAAAAUAAUGGGAAAAUUUCUGAGUUGGACUUCAUAUCCCAGGUGUACUGCCUUGACGAUCCAAAAACUCAGAAAUUAAAGGAAGAUAUUGAAAAGGCAUUGGCUUCACAACCCACAGAACCAGAGGAUGAGGAGAUGACAGAUCCUCCACCAUCACCGAAUACUCUCAAAAUGAAUCAGCGAAGGAAGGCAUUGAGCUUAAUAAUACAAGUGAGGCCUCCGAAAAAGGGAAAAGCUAUCCUUUUCCCUCGACAUCCAGUGACAGAGGUUCUCGGAGCCUAUGAGGCAGCCAAGUUUGCGAGCACCCAGCCCAAACAGAAUUCUACUCCAUCACAGCUGUCUACUGAUUCAGUGGAUCUCGUCGUGAGGGUUUCAGCAGAGGUGCAUCGAAUGGUUCGUUCUUUAGAGAUGCGCGAGGUCCCACGUAGCUUUUUAAAUGAGCAGAUGCAUCGCCUAGCUGAUGAGGCCUUUCCAGAUCGUGAUGAUCUGAUGCAGCAAGAAUCGUGGAGUCUGUAUAUGCGCUUGGCAACGGCUUUUGUUGUGGAUGCCCUCAAAAUGAACGAUAAGGUCAUUUUAGAGGGUACUAGUAUUGAAAAAGCUCCAGUGGAUCGCGACAUCUCAGGAAACCAUGCUGAUGAAGACAUAGACGAAGAUGCAGAUCAAUUUCCCUUGUAACUGAUGCAAGGUUUAUGAGCGACUAACUCAUCUUUUGAGGCUAACUUUUUGAAACUCACUUAGACUUUUGAAACCAUGUGGAUGUAUGCAUAUAAUGUUGUAAGUUGUUAGCCUAACCUUGGUGAUACAAUUUCUAACUGCUGUAGUUAUUAAUUUUGCAGCGUAAAACUUAUUCUAUCAGUUAUGAAUGGUAUCAGUAGUUAUGAAUGGUGCAUAGUCAAGUUUGUUUACAAUGUUUAUCUAAUUUAAGUUUACAUUAAAUUGGUUGUU